GCCAUAGACAUACGCAGCAUAAUCUUUCCUCUCGCCAGUCCUCCAUCUUACUCCGAGUUCAAUCCCACCUCCACUCCAUAUGGCAGAGCAUUGCCGCGAGAUCCCGGCCGCCAUCAUCGCCGACUCCGAGGAGAGGUCGUACGUGCUCAAGGUAGACGGAUACUCAAGGACCAAGGCGCUGCUCAAGAACGGGGAGUGCAUGACUUCCACCCCUUUCAGCGUCGGAGGCCACAUCUGGGUCGUCAGAUAUUACCCCAACGGCUACCCAAAGCAUUGUGACGAUUUCAUAUCGCUUUACGUACACAACGAGUCCGCCGACGCCGAAGACGUGAAGGUGAAGGCGAAACUGAAGCUCAGUGUGCUUGACCAGAACGGAACUCCGGUGCCCUCGUACAGCCGUGCCAUCCCUCUACACACCUUCUCAAGCAAAGCCCCCGACCGUGGCUACCACGACUUCAUCCACAAGGCUGGGCUCGAGGGAUCGCCGCAUCUCAGAGACGAUUGUCUCACCAUCAGGUGCGACGUCACCGUCGUCAAAGACAUCCUCGACGAAGAAGCCAGGAUUCCUCCAAGCGACCUGCACCGGCAUUUCGGCGACCUCCUAGGGAGCAAGGAUGGAGCAGACCUGACUUUUCAAGUCGGGGGACGGGGAUUCCCGGCUCACAGGUGUGUCCUCGCUGCUCGGUCGUCCGUGUUCAAGGCGGGGCUCCUGGGUGCCAUGGCGGAGAGUUCAUGUAGUACCAUUGAAAUCCGUGACAUGGAACCUGAUGUGUUUGAGUGCUUGCUCCAUUUCAUAUACACCGACUCGGUUCCUCUACUUGAUGUGGUGAUGGCCGGGCAUCUACUCGAAGCGGCUGACAGGUACGACAUCCCUAGGCUGAAGGUGAUAUGCGAGGAGAAAUUGUGCAGUCACAUUGACUCCAACAUGGUGGCCACCAGCUUGGCUUUGGCCGAGCAGCAUAGAUUCCAUCGUCUGAAAGAAGCUUGUUUGCGGUUCCUCGUUACUCCGUCCAAUUUUAAGGCUAUGAUAGCGAGUGACGGCUUUGAUCAUCUGACGUCCAGCUGCUGCUGGUCUGUUGUUGAGGAGCUGACUGCUAGAAUCAUCCGGUUGAAUUCAGCAGAGGAUAUUAUCAUGACAUUCCGGAAGUAA